GACAUGUCUAAUUUUUUCUUUCUAAUUGUGUAGAAUGAAGUUGAUGUCAUCGAGUGGAGAGUGAAGAAACUUAAUUGAAAGGAAGAAGCUUUCAUAUUAAUCAUGUUAUUUAUGGAUAAUUUGUGAUUUGCUUCAAUUUUAUUGAGUUUUCUAGAUUGGUGUUGAACAAAUUGUAUAGUUAAUUUGUGAUUUGCUUGAAUUUUCUAGAAUGGUGUUUUAUAUAUGGAUAAUUUGUAUUGAGAGAUUGAUAUUUGACUUUGAUUUUGAUAGGAACUUGUUAUUGUAAAUUUUGUAUGACAAAAACCCGUGGGUACCCAUGAACCCACGGAUACCCAGCGAGUUGGAUUGGGUUUGAGUUUUUCAAACCCAGUGGGUACCCAUGAACCCACGGAUACCCAGCGAGUUGGAUUGGGUUUGAGUUUUUCAAACCCAGUGGGUUUUACCCCGGGUAUUUUUUCACGGAUAAACCCAUUGGUUUGAGUUUUGGUUUGGCAAAACCCUUUUUUCAAGGAUAAACCCAUUGGUUUGGGUUUGAGUUUGGCAAAACCCGACCCAUUGCCAUCCCUAGUCUGAAUACCAUGUGCUUAACAAAUGGAGGUCAUCGGGAAUCGAACACAAGACCUCUCGGUCACAGAAGGCUCUGAUACCAUGUCCAGAACCAGUUGAUCCCAAUAACUCGAGUUGUUGGGAGAAGUUCAAUCGUGGAUCAUAUACCACACACUAACAGUUAGGUCCGAUUUUCACAACACCGAUUUGUGUGUACUGAUUUUCGUUCUUAAGCUCAAUUCUAAACAAAACUAAUCAUGCACAUGUAUGUAUCUUAAAAAGAAAACUGGAAAAGCAUAAUAUCUCUCUAGACGUCAAGAACCAGUUGAUCCCACUAAUUCAAGUUGUUGGGAGAUGUUCAAUCGUGGAUCAUAUACAACAACACUAGCACGAACCCUCAAACGAAAGCCACUCACAAGUGCUUGAAGUUUGCACAGGUCUGAAGACAAGAAUACCAUGUGCUUAACAAAUGGGGGUCACCGGGAAUCGAACACAAGACCUCUCGGUCACAGAAGACUCUGAUACCAUGUCAAGAACCAGUUGAUUCCACUAACUCGAGUUGUUUGGAGAGGUUCAAUCGUGGAUCAUAUACCACAACACUAACAGAGAUAUUGUUAUUCCUUAUUGGGUUGAAAUACAGCCGCCGGCCUAUCCCAGGAUUUUGGUAAAUCUUCCCGACGGAGUUCCCCGAGUGCAUGACUCCGACGUGCGACACGAUGACACUUGAUUAUUAUUAUUUUUCUUUAAGGAGCAAAAAAAAAAAAAAAAAAAAAGAAGCUCUCCGCUAAAAUUUUAGUUUCGAUUCCUCAGUAGGUGCUGGCCUGCUGCAACAAAACAAAUUUACAACAACACGCUUAUCUUCUUCCCAAGUUCCAUUUUUUCGCCUGAGUACUUGCUUUCUUUUCCUUGGCAAACAAAAAAAUGGCGUCCGCCUUCUCCUUCCAAGUGGCUCAGACCUCUCGCCCCCUACUUCCGGGUGGUCAGGGUAAAAGUGCCUUCAAUUUGAACAGCAGCAGCAGCCCGCGAGCAGUUUCUGCCAACCCAAGUGCCCGGUUGGGUUAUACUGUGAAUUCAACUUUUAGCUGGGCUGGGAAAUCAUUUGCAUCAGCUUUCCCCAUCCUGCGCCUCACUUCAGCUCCAUCCAUUAAGCACAGAAGGAUGACUUGUGUCAAUGCUGCAGCCAAUGAUGUUGAUCUGCAAGCAAAAGUGACGCACAAAUGCUUCUUUGAUGUUGAAGUCGGGGGUGAGCGUUUGGGUAGGAUUGUGAUGGGUCUUUUUGGAGAUGAUGUUCCGAAAACUGCUGAAAACUUCCGCGUCUUGUGUACAGGAGAGAAAGGAUUUGGCUACAAGGGGUGCUCAUUUCACCGGAUUAUUAAGGACUUCAUGAUUCAAGGAGGUGACUUCACAGCUGGAAAUGGAACUGGAGGAGUUAGCAUUUAUGGUUCAAGCUUUGAGGAUGAGUGUUUCGACUUGAAACAUGUUGGACCUGGAGUAUUGAGCAUGGCUAAUGCAGGUCCUAACACCAAUGGAAGCCAAUUUUUCAUUUGCACUGUGAAGACUCCUUGGUUGGACAACCGCCAUGUGGUGUUUGGAAAUGUCAUCGAUGGAAUGGACAUUGUAAGGAAACUUGAAGCUGUCGAGACCAGCCGGGCGGAUAGCCCUAGGAUGCCCUGCAGAAUCGUUGAUUGUGGGGAGCUGCCAUUGGAAUGAUGAUUCUAGUGAGCUUAUGGAUGUUUCUAAGCCUCUGAGUUCAGUUUCAUGCCUCAGUUUUCUUCUGCAAGAUCUCAUUUUUGUAAUGCUUUCAAUCGCUGCCUAGUGGUUCAAAGUAGUUCGAGUUGAACUCUAUCUGUACUUUGUUUUUGGCUGGUUAAAUAUUGCAACUCUUGUAUUCCAUUAAAAGAUUCGGAGAGUU